AGCGGGACUUUUACGCUCUUUCCUCGCCCAAACCCGCAUUUCCCUCGUCUCGUUGUUUAAGCCUCUUGGCCGCCGCCGCCGCCGCCGCCGCCGUCGUCGCCGACUUAUGUAAAAGUCAGAACUCCUUAGCAUCAAUUACUGGUUAUUUUUUGUGAAGACUUAUCGAGACGGCAUAUUUUCGCAGUAGUAUUAUUGUUUACCGUAGUAGCGACAGGCUGGGGAGGGUUGCAGUGGCUAUGGUUAAAAUGGGGUUGUCUGCUCCGGCGAGCCAUCCCAGGCCUUCCCCUUUCUGCCCGACGUAUUUCUGGUUUUGCCGUCCGAACGGUCUGCUGUUGUCUCGUUCGCCGGGGAUUUUCUGCAGUUUAAAAGAUGCAGCAUCCGAGAAUGCAAAUGGAGCUCCAAGUGCUCAUGUUCUAGAGUCAAACCAGAGACGUGGGUACACGACAAUGAACCUGACUCGUCGUAAUAAGCCUUAUAAUAAUCAUAUUGAAAUUAAAGAUAAACCUGCUACCAUUGAUUGGCACAUAAUGAACCCUGGAAAUACCGAAGAAGAAUGGAACAAAGCUGCUAAGCCAAAUACUGCUUUAGAAGAAGAAAUUGCGCAACAGUAUGAAGGAAAAGGCCAGUGGAUCAGCAGCGAGGAAAAGGGAUGUAUUGAGAAUGCUGGCCAACUUGGGUUGCAUGGUUCCCUUAACCAAAUACCACAAGUUUCACAUGGAAAUCAAGUUGAUAGUAAGAAUAUAUUAGAUAGGCCGUUCCUGAAUGGUGCACGCCCAAAUGGGUUAGAAAAGACGCAUCAGGAUUCAAUAAAUAUAGAGGAUGAUGUCUUUCACCUCAAGGAAACUGGCUCCACUGAUAGAAAGUCUUUGCCAAGUGAGAGUGUUGGUAAAUCUAUCGGUGAGGAAAUAGUUGCUUCUGAAAAUGCUAAACUCCAGAAGAGGCUUAUUCAGGUCUAUGAUAAAGUUCUUGUGGUAGAUAACGUUGAUGCAGCUAGGCAAGUAGUUGGAAUGCUCACUGGUAGAUACAAAGAUCUCGUUCAUGCUUGUGAUACAGAGGUGGCAUUUAUUGAUGUUAAAGGAGAAACUCCUGUUGACCAUGGUGAACUUAUAUGUUUUAGUAUAUAUUCUGGUCCAGAGGCUGAUUUCGGUGACAAAAAGUCCUGUAUAUGGGUUGAUGUUCUUGAUGGAGACGGAAAAGAACUUCUCAAAGAAUUUGCACCAUUUUUUGAAGAUCCGUCAAUUAAAAAAGUAUGGCACAAUUACAGCUUUGAUAAUCAUGUCAUAGAGAACUAUGGACUUAAAGUUUCUGGUUUCUAUGCUGAUACAAUGCACAUGGCUCGAUUAUGGAAUUCCUCUCGGCAAACAGAAGGAGGGUACUCUCUGGAAGCACUCACUAGUGAUCCCAGAAUCAUGUUGGAUGCUGAGAAGGGUCCUGGUGAGAUGUUGAUCGGAAAGGUAUCUAUGAAAAAUAUUUUUGGGGUGAAAAAAAUAAAGAAAGAUGGAUCAGAGGGAAAGCUGAUCACUAUUCCUCCUGUUGAAGAUCUACAACGAUUAGAGAGGAAAUUGUGGGUUUCCUACUCUGCUUUAGAUUCGAUUAGCACAUUGAAGCUUUAUGAAAGUUUGGAGAAGAAAUUAAAGAAAACCCCUUGGAUUGUUGAGGGUGAAUGCAAAGGAUCAAUGCUUGACAACUACCAAAAGUAUUUAUGCCCAUUUGGUGAGCUUCUUGUGAAAAUGGAGACAGAGGGCAUGCUGGUCGAUCGUACAUACCUUGCUGAGAUUGAAAAAGUAGCUAAAGCUGAGCAACAGAUAGCAGCUGAUAGAUUUCGAAAGUGGGCAUCAAAGCAUUGUCCUGAUGCAAAAUACAUGAACAUAGGAAGUGAUACGCAGUUGCGGCAGCUAUUUUUUGGUGGCAUACAGAACAGGAAGAAUCCAAAUGAGCAUCUUCCAACAGAAAAGGAAUUCAGAGUCCCCAACGUAGAUAAUAUUAUUGAAGAAGGCAAGAAGAAGCCCACUAAAUUCUAUAAAAUCAAACUGCGUAAGAUUGUUGUUGAUGACAUUCAGGUUGAGAAGUUCACUCCGAGUGGUUGGCCAUCUGUCAGUGGAGAUGUAUUAAAGAGUCUUGCUGGGAAAGUUUCUGCUGACUUCGACUUCCUGGAUGAGAAAAACAAUGAAGAACUUACUGAAAACGCAUCUGAUGAUUUGUAUGUGAACGAUAAAGCACCUGCAAGUAUCAGCACUGAUACAUCAGCUUAUGGAGCAGCUUAUGGUGCGUUUGGAGGAGGACAAGCAGGAAUCGAGUCUUGUCAUGCCAUCGCUGCUUUGUAUGAACUUUGCUGCAUAGACUCUCUGAUAUCCAACUUUAUUCUCCCCUUGCAGGGUACUCAGAUUUCAGGCAAGAAUGGAAGAAUCCAUUGUUCGUUGAAUAUCAACACGGAAACUGGAAGAUUGUCUGCGAGAAGACCUAAUUUGCAGAACCAACCAGCACUGGAGAAAGAUCGUUAUAAGAUUCGCCAGGCCUUCAUAGCUGCAUCGGGAAACUCAUUAAUUGUUGCUGAUUAUGGGCAGUUAGAACUUAGGAUUCUUGCACAUCUAGCCAACUGCAAGAGCAUGUUGGAUGCUUUUAAAGCUGGCGGUGACUUCCAUUCUAGGACUGCUAUGAAUAUGUAUCCACACAUUCGUAAGGCUGUUGAGAAUAAAGAGGUCCUUCUCGAGUGGCAUCCUCAAUCAGAUGACGAUAAGCCUCCGGUCCCUCUGUUAAAGGAUGCUUUUGCUUCUGAACGAAGGAAAGCAAAGAUGCUUAACUUUUCUAUUGCAUAUGGAAAAACUACAGUGGGACUUGCUCGUGACUGGAAAGUUUCACGUGCGGAAGCUCAGGAGACGGUCGACCUCUGGUAUAGCGACAGAAAAGAAGUGUUGGCUUGGCAACUAGAAAGAAAAAAAGAAGCACAUACAUAUUCACGCGUACACACAUUGCUAGGACGUGCACGUCACUUCCCAUCUCUAAAGAAUGCGAGCUCUGCCCACAAAGCUCACAUCGAGCGCGCAGCUAUCAAUACCCCAGUUCAGGGAAGUGCAGCAGAUGUUGCCAUGUGUGCCAUGUUGGAGAUUUCCAAGAACGCACGGCUAAAGGAGCUAGGGUGGAGACUUAUACUACAGGUACACGAUGAAGUAAUCCUAGAAGGGCCAACAGAAUCGGGCGAGGAGGCCAAGUCUAUAGUGGUGAAUUGUAUGUCCAAUCCUUUCGAUGGGGAAAAUUUCCUCCGAGUUGGGUUAUCUGUUGAUGCCAAGUGCGCUCAAAACUGGUACUCUGCCAAGUAGACAAGGAAUGUUCGAGCGAGCAUUCUGUCACUUGAAGAGUAGUGAUUCUGUUACAUUCUAUUUUGUUUCGGCAUCUCACAUGGUGCGUUCAAGCAAAAGCGCCGUGCAAGAAAUCGAAAUUUUCUUCCAAAGUGAAUCUAACAGGUGAGAGUGAGAGUGAGUCAGUGAGUACGUUUUGCAGUGUGGUGUACAUAUAAGGUGAAUCCCUGAUGCCCAGAAAGAAUGGAAUUCUUGAUGUCAAAGUAGCAAUUUUCUUCUUUACUGAUUAUUCUCUAGUAACCUACUUCUGGGAUUCACUUAUUCCCAGUUUUCUUUGUAUUUAUUUGUGAGUUAUCUAUCAUUCUAUUCUAUUCUGUGUA